AGAGGCACUCCCGUAUACCCUAAACGGAUGACUUCUCAGCAAGAUUUCGCUACGCGUUUGUAAGGACUUGUUCUAUCCAGCGACAAGCAGUGCAAGGGCACACUCAAGCAGUUCAGCAAGUAGUGCAAUCAAAGGUCUGACUAAUAUUUGAGGUCGCACUGUAGGAGAAUAAAGCGCAUGCGCCAGCUUCAGCUGUUUUAUGUUUUCCGUCUUACGCCAAAAACAGAAAAGGAUGCGCUGUGUAAAAACAUAUCCUUAACUGAAUUUAAUUAAGAAACAACAAUCUUUUGAAUGGAGUUGGACGUGCUUCGCCUAGCGGUGGACUAUUACCACAAUCUGCUGAACGCGGAGCUGCACAUUAAUGAAUGGGUGCAGGAUCGCCUUAGCCUUGCGGAGCCAUUGUUUCGCUUCGUCAGCGUUUAUCUGGAGCCGGGCAAUAUGUUUAAUGUGCUUAUACCGUUGUUGGGCAUCUGCGGUCAGGAUUUGCUUACACAUCUGGUCUAUGCACUGAGUCUGGCCAGUGCGGUAAGCUCCUUCGAGAAAUGGAUAUAUCCGGAAUGGCGACCCCUCUGGCGGCUACGCGAACUCUACGCCGAUGUGCAUGGCAUUAGGCCGCGUGUCGCCUUGCAAAGUCAUGAUCUGAGCUGUGAGACAAGCGGCGGGAUGCCCUGCGCUCACACCAUGACCUGGACGGCUUUGCUUAUGGUUGUGAGUGUUCAUUUGCCGCUUAAGGGCCGAUCCGCCAGCUGGCGACCACUCGUGCAUCUCUUGAUUGGAUGCUGCACGCUCUGCAUGUGGCUGAGUCGCCUCUAUCUGGCCACGGAGUAUCUGCAUCAGUGCCUGUUGUCCACUUAUAUUGCGGUCAGUCUUCUGGCUAGUUGUCAACGGCAUCUGGACCACCUGUAUGCCCAGCGACGUGGAUGGGCUGUGCUGCUGGUGCUUCUGUUUGGCUGCAUGGCCGUCUCAGUUUAUUUUAUCAAGCUGCAACUGGGAAUCGAUCCACACUGGUCAGUGCGGCAGUCUUUUAAGUGGUGCCCGGAACCUACCUAUAUGCGACAUGAGAGCAGUCCCAUCUUUCUGCUGGCUCGAGAUCUGGGCAAUCUAAUGGGCGUGGCACUCUCAUUACCCUUGGUGCAGCUAAAAACGGACGAGUCCAAAUAUUCGCAUCGGUUUCUGGGGAUCGCCAUGCUGGAGCUCCUGAACUAUAUCCUGCGCCUUUGUACACCCAAGCAGCAUGGACGCUUUCUUUUUCUAGCCUAUGAAUUUACACGAAAUGCUUUGCACUCAUUAAUACUUCUAAAGGCCUUGCCCAAACUCCUGAAUAAAAAUAGUUAAGCAGAUGUAAAUAAAGCUAUAUUGGUAGCAACUGUAGGUAGG